UUUGACAGUUCCCGUUGACGUUUCACACAGUGGAAAAAUUUUUCAUCAUCCCGCAUCGGCAGAGUGAAUUUUUGGAAUCAAUCUAAACGAUUGUUGUGUAACAAACCCGCAAAAUAUGGUUUUUGGCCGCUUUGAGAUACAAAAACUAUAAACGAAUGAUUCAGAAGUACCUGGCUUGCGGCACCACGGAUUAGAAACGCUGAAAUGGCCUACCGUCUGCUAACCACAGCCCGAAAGCUAGAAUCGACUCUGGCUGGCCUUGGACGACAACAUCGCACAGUCAACACGACCGAUUGUGAUCAGAUAAUCCGCAGUUUAAGUUAUCUGCAAUCGAGUAAAAACAAAGUAUGGAAUGAAUUUCUACACAGGAUUCAACUGUUCUGCGAGAAACCUCCCAAGGGAUUCGAGAAGUACUACAAACCGGGAGGCGUAAAGAAAGGAGCUGCUGCUGCAGAAGAAGCACAAGAAGCUUCCAAGGAAGCUAAGCCAACGUCCUCGUCGGCGAAAAACGCUCCCGCAGGUCAGCAGCAGCAGCCACCGAAAAAUGACUGGAACUUGGGUAUGUUCGGUCCACAGCCGGCCCGAGGCAAAGGAGGAAGUAGCGGAUCCGGUGGAAGCGGUGGCAGUGGUCGUCCCAUCGGAGGCGAAGGCGGAGAGAAAGAAAAAAUGAUGGUCUUCGGAGCGUUGGCCGGAGUGGCUCUGAUUUCCGCGAUCGCGUAUUUCGAGAUGGGGUACAAAGAAAUCGCGUGGAAGGAGUUUGUGAAUAACUACCUCGCUCGAGGAAUCGUGGACAAAUUAGAGGUGGUCAACAAGAAGUGGGUUCGCGUCCGAUUAACGGCAGGAAACACCUCUGACUCGGGCACUCUCUGGUUCAACAUUGGCAGCGUGGAUUCCUUCGAGCGCAACCUAGAGAAUGCACAAACCGAUAUGAACAUCGAGCCGGUGAAUUUCGUUCCGGUGAUUUACCGCAGUGAAAUUGAAGCGGCCAGCUUGACCGGCCUUUUGCCAACUCUGUUGAUCAUCGGUUUCCUGAUCUACAUGAUGCGACGGUCAUCGGAAAUGAUGGGCGGUCGUGGAGGGCGUAAAGGUGGUGGUCUUUUCGGUGGAGUCAUGCAGUCCACGGCAAAGCUGAUCAAUGCCAACGAGAUCACCGUUGGAUUCAAAGACGUGGCUGGCUGCGAAGAGGCCAAAAUCGAAAUCAUGGAGUUCGUUAACUUCUUGAAGAAUCCUCAACAGUACAUUGAUUUGGGAGCCAAGAUUCCAAAGGGUGCAAUGUUGACUGGGCCGCCCGGUACCGGUAAAACUCUUCUUGCCAAGGCAACGGCCGGUGAAGCCAACGUACCCUUCAUCACCGUGUCGGGUUCGGAGUUCUUGGAGAUGUUUGUCGGCGUUGGUCCCUCCCGUGUGCGUGACAUGUUUGCAAUGGCUCGAAAGCAUGCUCCUUGUAUAUUAUUCAUCGACGAAAUCGACGCAGUUGGUCGGAAGCGUGGCGGCAAAAGUUUCGGUGGACACUCGGAGCAGGAAAAUACCUUGAAUCAACUGCUGGUCGAAAUGGACGGGUUCAAUACUACGACCAACGUGGUAGUUCUGGCCGCCACUAACCGGGUUGACAUCCUGGAUAAGGCACUUUUGCGCCCAGGGCGAUUCGAUAGACAAAUUUUCGUGCCUGCUCCGGAUAUCAAAGGUCGUGCCAGUAUUUUCAAAGUGCAUUUGGGUCCACUGAAGACUGACUUGAACAAAACGGAUUUGGCGCGUAAAAUGGCUGCUUUGACACCGGGAUUUACGGGUGCGGACAUUGCUAACGUCUGUAAUGAAGCGGCUUUGAUUGCUGCUCGUGACUUGAACGAAUCAAUCAAUUUGAAACACUUUGAACAAGCAAUAGAACGUGUCAUCGCUGGUAUGGAAAAGAAGACCAACGUCCUGUCGCCUGAUGAGAAGCGUACCGUUGCCUAUCAUGAAGCUGGUCACGCCGUAUCCGGAUGGUUCUUAGAGCAUUCAGACCCUCUGCUGAAGGUUUCGAUUAUUCCACGAGGCAAGGGUCUUGGUUAUGCGCAGUACUUACCAAAGGAUCAGUAUCUUCUAACCACCGAACAACUUUUCGAUCGCAUGUGUAUGACUCUGGGAGGACGCGUGUCGGAAGAACUAUUCUUCGGACGGAUCACUACUGGAGCUCAGGAUGACCUCAAGAAAAUCACCGACAGUGCUUAUGCUCAGAUAACUCGCUUCGGAAUGAACAAAAAUGUUGGACAGGUCAGCUUCGAUUCGCAGUCCGGUGAUCCAAUGUUCACCAAACCAUACUCGGAGCAAACGGCUCAGCUGAUCGAUGAAGAAGUGCGAAAGCUAAUUGACAGCGCAUACAAACGGACAACGGAUUUGCUGGAGAAGCAUAAAUCCGAUGUGGAAAAAGUUGCCGAACGAUUGCUGAAGAACGAAAUCCUCAGUCGGGACGAUAUGAUCGAACUGCUCGGAAAGCGACCGUUCCCGGAGAAGUCGACCUACGAGGAGUUUGUCGAAGGCACUGGUUCGUUCGAGGAAGAUACCACACUCCCGGAAGGCUUGUCAAGCUGGAACAAAGAGAAAACGCCCGUAGAGGAAGAAGAUUCGAGCAGUAAAAAGCCAACGGAAACGACGAAAGCGUAGUAAGAAAAAUAUUGUUGUAGGGCUAAUUGAAGCAAACACAAAAGUAUAUUGGUUCCUCUCGAGAUGACUUUAAUAAACUGCAAAUUGUUUGCUGA